GCUUCUACAACUAAACUGCAACACCGCUAAAGGACACAUCCCACCAUAAAAACCUCCUAUAAGGUUGUACUCAUUCAAUUAAAAAAGACAUUUGAAUUAUGGAGCGGGCUAUUGUGUGCAUCAAACAUCUACAUCCUGCACUUUUUAUCAAUUUGCCUAAACAUUAUUCAUAUUGCUAUUCGCCUAAGCCUGGUGGCCCAUGUGCGUGCCCUAGUAUAGUGCCGAGCCCGCGUGGUCGACUGGAAACACCUUAUUGUGGUCCGAAACCCGUAGCAUACAAUCCCUGCAGGCCUUCCUUCACAACUCACAUAGAAUCGACGAAGUACAAAUUAAUCUUCUUCUUGGUAUGUGUUCCGUUAAUCAUUGCCCAAAUGUUCCGUGCGUUCGGCCAUGAAAUCCCGGAGAAAGAGGAGUGCAGGGAAUAUGAGUACAUGCGCAGGCGCACCAAGCGAUUCCCGUGGGGAGAAGGUAUUAAGUCUCUGUUCCACAACGAUCACGUGAACAGCCUGCCUGCAGAAUGUAAACCUCCCCCGACUGACUAUUGCGACUAAGUAUUUCGUGUACCUAUAAUUAGGAAUGAACGUUUGAAACUCAGUGAAUGUGUUAAAGGUCUAAAACGUGUUUCUAUAAUACAAUUCAUAAAUGCAAAAUUUUAAAAUUAUAUAUUACCCAUUGAAAUAUAAACGUGUUGCUGAAAAGAAGUCGCGUGACAAUUGGUGGAAGUGUGUAAUAUAUAACUAAUAUACAAUUAAUUAUUAACAAAAAAAACAGUAAACAAUAUACCUACAUCAUAUACUU